AUGAUGCUUCAGGGCUUCCAGACCUUCCCAAACGUCGCGCACGUUGUUCAAGGCCUCGUCUACCUCCACGCAUUCGAAACCCCAAUCAUCGGCAGCGAUCUCAAAUUUCGCAACGCCCUCGAUUUCAAGAAGAUGGACGAAGAGACCCUUACGAACGGCAUUGGCACGUACCAGUGGAUGGCGCCCGAGAUCUUUACAGGCCACGACUACUCAACCGCCGUCGACGUCUACCCGCUUGGUACCUUCUUAGGGCUAGGUUUAAAGGAGGGUUAG